AAUGAAGGUUUAUUGCCACAUUCCUUAAUAGGGACAGACAAAUUUAUCCGUGAAAAUCAGAGGAUAUUGGUAGAGUGCGAAACGGAAGAAGCCCAAGAACCCGCUUGCAACAAAGACACUGGUGAGAUCCAGAAAAGUAUGCGCAAAUGGUCACGUGGUCUACUCCAUUACGUCAGAGGAGGUGGUUUCAUUGAAAAGUGGUGCCCCCUUUAUGUGUAAGAAUAAGAGAGACAUAAGAGAUUUAAUGCUGAUAUACCUUAAUUAGGUGUUGUAAAUGGCAGCCUGCAAUCACUGGGGGUAUUGCCAACCGCUUUCGUUAUAUCCUCGGCAAAGGAAAAGGUAAAUGAAAUGUUCAGUGGACAAAAUACUAGGCACCACAGCCAGUUUAAAGCCAACACUAAUGAAUUUUUGAAGAGGGAAAACAAAUGAAAAUGAAUUGUACAUGACCAUCUUCCUGGAGUUUAGAAAAUACUGAUUCAGUCCUAUUCUACGGAAAAGCGCAUAGUCAUCAACCGAAAAACAAAAAUACAUUUUUGACAUGAAAGCAAUAUGCAAACCGUUACUUUUUAGUAGUAAACUUUCAAUGGUAAUUAAACGAGUCCAAAGUUAGUGACCUGUAUUUCAAAUGCUUUUCUUUAACAGUGUGUUCCAGUAAGCCCCUUUACUGUAUAAAUAAAUGUAAUGGCAACAUUGUGAUGACCAAAAAACUUUGCCUUUCUAUAUUUAUUCCUUCACAGAUCCGAGGGACCAGGUCAAGUCUUUCUGAUUACGAUUCAGUACCUUUUGCAACGGUUAAAGGACAUGCCCGAAGAACAGUGGGAAGAUUUCAUAUUAAGUUAUGAUAACAUGUGUAACUUAGAUAAAUUGCGUGUUGCUAAAAAACCGCUCCCUCUUCCCGAGCCUUAUGACAAGAUUUGGCUGAAGGUUAGAAAGAUCGUCGACCGACUGCACAUGCGAAAUCAUAAAAAUCCAGAAUGCCGUGUGAAGUAUGGAAGUGACGACCUGAAGGAGAAAUUUCCCUCUCUAAACACACCCGUCACAGAACAGGUUUUCGUUUGGGCUUCUCGCUUUAAGCGAAUCAUGUGCGCCAUGCCGAAACGGCGAUCCUUGUUUUUUUAUCACAGAAUGGUAAUUCGACGAAACAAUUACGUAACGAACUGCUACAAAGAGAAAAGGGUACCCGAAUUUCCAUCGAUCCAUUGA